GCGAGCAUCGCUUCUUUUCACUCACUGGGGAACUCAAGAGAAUGUUUAACACCUGGAGGAGUGCUCCGUUUCCAAUGCAUUAGGGAUAUGGGUAUUCUCAGUCCUAGGCGCAUUGGUUGCAAUCCCGGUGGGCAUCAAACUCAAGUCUCUAGGUCCGCUCGUGUUCUUCGGCACAGCCGGAAAAAUGCUCGAGAGAACACGCAGAGCACCAAAUGA